UUGCAUUCCUCCCUUACCUUGACUAGUAGGAGUUUCUUCUGCAAUGAGUGACUUGCUUGUCAUAGCGAUAGACUUUGGCACAGCAUAUAGUGGAUAUGCCUUUAAUAUCACAACCAAAAAGGGAAAAAGUAACUUGCCAAGGUGGGGAAAGGAGUAUGGAUUUGACACCCCAAAGACUCCAACCUGCAUUUUAUUUAAUGAAGAUGAAACAUUUCUGAGUUUUGGCUAUGAAGCCAAAAUGGCAUACAAGGAAAUGAGGAGAGAAGAAGCAGAGAAACAUUAUUUCUUUGAAAAUUUCAAGAUGGAACUCUACAACAAAGAACUCAGCAAUAAUCUGAAGAUUAAAGACGUCAUUGGAAAAUCUAUGAAGGCAUUGAAGGUUUUCUCAGAAUCUCUGAGAUUUCUUAAAGAAGAUGCACUCAGAACAAUCAACCAAGCCACAGGGAGCAUGGAGUUCAUUCCCUCUGACUUCACCUGGGUGCUGACGGUUCCUGCCAUCUGGAAUCCUUCAGCUAAACAGUUCAUGAGAGAAGCUGCAACUCAGGCAGGUAUUGUAACAGAAGGAGCUGAAGACAAGCUGAUGAUGGCAUUGGAACCAGAAGCAGCUUCAAUCUGGUGUAAGAAGCUUCCAUCAGAUGGUUUCAUUUCUGAGAAUUACAAUGAAGAGUCACUGGAUCAGUCUGCAGGGACUCAGUACAUCGUUGUUGAUUGUGGAGGAGGAACUAUUGACAUCACUGUUCAUGAAGUCCUGGAUGGAGGAGCCCUGAAGGAGCGGCACAAGGUCUCUGGAAAUGAUCUGGGAGGACAAACUGUAGACAGAAAAUUUAAGCAGUUUCUCAGAGAGAUACUUCCUGAAGGAGUCUGGGAUGAAUUUGAACAAAACUCUCCCAGUGCCGCUCAGAAAAUUAUGUACGAGUUUACCUACCUCAAACAGGUUGAUAAAGAUGUUCAGAUUAGCUGCCCAUUCACACUGGGAUCAUUAAUUAAAGACAAAUCAGACACAGAAAACUUUGUUCAGUCAGAACUUGGUGCUUCCUGGGAUGGUGAUUUCAUCAAAAUCUCAAGAGACAAAAUGAGGUCUUUCUAUGAUGAAAGUCUGAAGGGCAUCACUGAGAAUCUCAAGGAAAUCUUUAACUGUGGUCUCAACAUCAAGUACAUUCUGUUAGUGGGUGGGUACGCUCAGAGUCAAAUUCUGCAGCAGCACAUUACUGACCAGUUUGGACAACAGUGUAAAGUUCUGUGUCCUUUCAGAGCUCAGGAGGCGAUUAUGAGAGGAGCUGUAGAGUUUGGUAGAAACCCAGAUGUUGUGGCUUCUCAGAAAAGUUCCUAUACUUAUGGAUUUGCUGUUUAUGAAUACUUUGAUGAUAGCAAACAUAAGGAAGGAAAGAAAUUUACAGCCAAAGGUGUGGAAUGGAGUCGAGAUAUUUUCAGGAAACUGGUGGAAGAAGGUGAAGAUCUUGGUUCAGAGGGUACCAGAGAGUUCUUAUGUUCUUCAGUAAAAGCCGAUCAGAAAGAGAUGGAACUGAAAUUCUUCCGCUCAUUAAGAAAAGAUCCAGUGUAUGUAGAUGACUGGGGAGUGGAAAAGGUUGGUUCAUUCAUUGUAGACAUGACUGGAGGCGGUAAAGUCAAACUGAAUAUUAAGUUUGGCUCCACAGAGAUAAAAGCUACUGGGACCAACCUGACUACUGGAGAGAAAAAAAAUGUCAAAAUUGACUUCAUCACCACAGAUUCAGAUGAUGAUGAUGUUAGUGUUGGAUCCAGUUCUUACUCAGAAGAAUAUACUUUAGAUGGUGCUGAUGAAACUUGUUGCCAAGAGGUUUAUGUGUUAGAGUGAAUCAUCAUUGAAUCAAUAGAAGCAUUUUCCAAUGAAAAUGGUUAUGUUCAAAAAUAUACUCCAUGAACUAUACGCCAUGGUGUCAUUGAUUAUGUAGUAGCUGAAUCCUCGCCAUAUGGUGGUGGAAAGUAGUAGACAUACUGUCUGAGAUAAAUCAACAUUUGUAUGGAAGGGAUUACUAAAAAGCAGAAUACCUGUUGUUUCUUAUCUUUUGUGCAGAAUCAAGUCUAGAAAUAAUUUUAUUAUUAUUUUAAUUGUUUUAUUAAAAUAAUGCUAAAGUUAUACAAGAUUAAAAAAAAUAAGGUGGAAUAUGUGCUGUGAUGGGAACACUUCCCACCACUAACAGCUAACAAAAUUUUUCAGCUAACAAGAUUAUUAUGGUGCAAAAUUUUGUGGCUUGUAAUAUCAGUCGAGUUUAAACACUCAGCAUUAUUAUCUUUCAAAGAUAAUUAAUCACUGUUUGUGGAAUGUGGUGCAUUUACUGGAUCCUGAUGGUGCAUUUAACUGCUUCUGAGACACAUGUAUGACCACUUCUGGUUCAAAGUUGCUUUUUUUUUCUUUUUAAUUGCUUCAAAAACUCAUUCCAGAAAAGUGUUAUAGAUUCUUCUCGUGAUGCUGUGUCUGGAGGGAGGUUCAUAGUUAUCUGUUGUAAUUCUGAAGAUGUUCAUUAGACCAACAGCAUUCACUUUGCUGUGUAGUUUUUGCUUUUAGCAUAUUCUGCACUUAUCUACAAGCUACAUCCAACAUAGCGAGUUGAAGCCUCUUGCCACAAUUUAUUUGAGUGGGUGGUUUGCUGGAAUCAAUAGUGUGUCAUGUAUUUCAGAUUCGAAGUUACUCUGGUGACAAGAGAACUCAACUUUGCAGCGUUUACAAAUAUCUUCAGUUCGAUCAGGACUGCAGUUUUGAAAUUUAAAUGUUCAUAUGAGUGCUGCCGCAGUAUUAAACCCAAUUGCUUUUUUAGUUUUAGACACUAAACAUCAUCCCACCCUAUUUGUGGCUUUUUAUAUCUAGUGAGCACAGACUUGUAAAAUAACAGAUUCAAAAGACUAUGUCAAUGAUUGAUAAAAUAAUCGUUGCUGUUAAUCAAUUAAUGCAUUAAUGGCAUAAUGAGUUAAGUUGCUCAACCCUAAAAUAAGCAUAAAUUACCUUAGACAAAUCACCAUCCUGCUGUUUAAAAUGGCAGUCUCCCAUACAAUAAACAGUUCAGUUUUGUCAUUCAUAUAGUUUAAUUUCAUCCAAAUUAAUUUAAUUACUACAUCAAAAGAUAUUACUCUUCAGUAGUAUCUUACAGAAUGGCCUUUUGGAUGUUUUAUACCUUUGCUUGAAGAUGAUGUAGAAUAGCUUUAUAUAUAUAUUUCAGUCAAGUUUUUUGUUUUCUUAGUUUUGUUGUCAAGUUGUCAUUGUUAUUAGUCUUGUACUGCGAAAAUGUGAAGUAUACUUUUACUUUUCGUGGUUAGAUAACUGUGGAUCACCUGGAAGAAGAUAAGCAUGAACAAAAAAAUGGAGUAUUGAACCUGAGCUUGUUUGUGAUCUUAGCACCAGGUGGGUUUUGUUCACAUCUUUUAGUGCUGCAGGCAACAAAAACCAAAUGGAGAAGCUGAUCCUGAUAAAAUAGUGGCUAAAUGCCACUUUCAUGUAGCCUCACUUGUAAGAGUAAUAUUACUUUUUGAAAAUAACCUUUACGCUGGUCAUUUUUGUUUUUACAAAUUGUUUUAAUGCUCGGAUUUACUACUCUAAUUUAAAAUGUCAUGUUUCUAUUAGCUGUAAAGGAAAAUUCAUAAUUAACAGAAAUAAAAUAUUUUUUAACAACCA